AUCGCGUUACUUUAUAAAAACUUAUUUUGAUUAAUAAUGUAUCUCAAUUUUAAAAAAUUCUUUAUUUAUUAGUGAAUUUGUAUCCUUUCAUUUAUGAAACAUUAAACAAAAAUAUAGAUUUUUUAGUUUUAUCUGCAUCAUCAAUUUCAAAAAAUGAUAAUUGAAAAAUAUAUUAUUUAUUUAUAAAUAAUUAUUAAUAAUAAUAAUAACUUUAAUAAUGAAUAUAUAAAAAUUUUAUAUGUAAUAUAAAUCAUUAUUUGAAUAAUAUUUUAAUAUAGUUUUGACAAUUUCGCAAAAAUGGCACUCGUUUAUAUUGAAGACAACGAUCCUUGGUUAACGGAAUAUGAUGCCUGUGAGAAACUUUUCAGAGAAAUUAUGGAACAAUUUACAGCGCGCAAUAAACAUUCAAAAACUUUGCAAACAUAUGCAAGUAUAUCUGCGAAUAUACGAAUACGUAUAAAACAAUACAAUCGUGAAGUUCAACAACUUAAAGAUAAAGUAGAUGAUGCAUUAAAGUCUAAGGCUAUAACUGUUGAAGAAGCAGAACGAAGAAUACGUCAAAUAGAAAUAUUGAAGAGUAGGGAUGUACAUUUGCAAGAAUUAUGUGAUGCACGUACAAAUAAUUUUGCUUCUUCUCGUGCAAAUUUACUUACAUCAGGGACAUCAGCGUUUGCAGAUGGAGGUACAACUUCUUGGGCAGCCGAUGAUGAUGAUAAUGGUGAUGAUGAUAAACUUAUAGAUACACAAAUAUCCAUUACUGAUCUUAUGUCACAACGAGAUAGAGCUUUAGAAGAGCAAAAUAAAGGUUUAGAAGAGUUAUGUAAAGUUAUUGCAAGACAAAAAGAAAUUGGUCAGACUAUUAGUAAUGAAGUAAAUCAUCAAAAUGAAAUAAUUGAUCAUCUAGCUGAUCAUAUGGAUAGAACUGAUGAAUCAUUAAUUAACAGGACACAUCAUGUAAGAACUAUUAGUUUUAAAGAUCGUACAUGUGGCUAUUGGAUAGUAAUAAUUUUUCUUUUUAUUUGUAUUAUCACAGUUGUUUUACUUCCAUAAUUUUUAAUUAUGAUAUUUGAUUAUUAUAUAAGAACAAUAGGUAUCUUCUUUAAUGUAAUUUUAAUAUUCUCUGUAAAUAUGUAUAAAAAUUAUAUUCUUACAAAUUAUUGCAUUUUAUGUUUUUAACUAUUUACUAAUUUCAAUUCAGUAUUCAUUAUAAAAAUUAUACUAUAUUUAUAAACAAAAAAUACAAUAUAAAUUAAAAUAAAUAUUUAUUUAUAUAUCUAAACGUGAUGUUUUUAUCCCUAAAAUUAUACAACAUUGUAAUGAAAUAAGUUUUUUAAAUAAGAAACAAAAUCUUUUCAUUAUUUAUCUUUGUACAAAUUACAUUUCAUUGUUCAUUGUUUUAUUUUUUUGAGAUAUCUCGGUUUCUAACAUAUUACUCUUUAUAUCUAAAUUAAGAGUUUUCAAAAGUGCUUUUGGAUUAGGAUCUCUUCCACUGAAUUUUCUGAAAUUUUCACGUGC